AUGUUGAGGCUUGAAGAGAUUAAAUUUAGUGGUACAUCCAUUGGUACUGGUUCGUUUUCAAACAAUCUAUUAGGAAGACCAUACUCAAGAUAUUCUCAAUCAGGGUUAUAUGUUAUCACAUUAAAAGAAUACCCAGAGUUCUUAAAAGAACACUAUUUAGAAAUAUACAAUUCAAUUAGUGGUUUUUCAUAUAUUAAAACAUUCAGAAAUGGCGUUAAGUUUGUUAGAAACGUAAGUCUUGUACAUCAUAAAACUCCUCAGGAAAAUGAAAAUUGUAACAGAGAAAUAAAUUUUGGAGAUCUAAUUUUUAUAGAGGAUAAAAAAGGAGGGGUUGAGAUCUAUUGUCUCAAUAAUAGAAGAAGUUUACUGUUUAGUUGUAUGAUUCUUGUGGGAAAAUGUAUUAAAAGCACAUGUGCCAUUAAAAUAAACAAGAGCAUACUAAUUGUUGCAGUAAUGACUGAUUCAGAAGUAUUCUUGUUUUCAAAUUUUCUCUACAACUCAUUUGAGGAUAUAUACCGGAUAAGUGAAUUUCACAAUUCCACUGAAAACCAUAUGAAUGAUGAUUUUACAGACUGUGUACUAAGAUAUUACAAACGAAUAGCACCUGAUUUUAAUGCUAAUUUAGGGGCAUGUUGUAUUACAUCACUAGGGAGAUUCUACUUUUCAUGUUCAAACGAGAUUUUCAAGUUAGAAUUUCCAUCAGGAGAGAGAGAGCAAAGCUCCGAUUUUCAGUUAGAGCAGGUAUAUAUGUUAGAUCUUGACGGAAAAAAAAGCGAAACCCCCCCUAAGUUUUCAAUAAAUUAUUUAAUGUCUCAUGAGACAUUUGUCGACGUAGAUAAGUUCGAGCUAAUAUAUAUAAUUCAUGAUGAUGAAAAACAUAUUGGUUUGAAAAAAUUAUCUUUGCUAAGAGUUAGGAUUGAUUCCAGCUUUUAUGAAUAUAAUUUCGAUAAAUUGUCAACAAUAGGGAGCGUUGGGAAGUGCUGUAACAUUCUCUCAUGCAAAGUAUUUGAAAACGGCCAGUUUGGGGUAAUUUGGAAAUCAGACGAUCAAAUUUAUGUAAACAUUUUUAAUCAUUUUUUAAACGGAUUUCAAAAGUCUUCUUUGAACUACAGUAGUUGUUUAACUAGCGAUAUUUGUGCAAAAAAGCCUGCUAAUAGAGCAAAUUAUAGAGAUCUAGCAUCUUUGCUCUAUGGAGAUGCCCCAUUGAUAUAUAUUAAUGAAUCUGAGUUCAGCUCUUCAAACCAAAGAACUAAUGAGAUUCUAAAAAUACAUAGCAGAGUAUUUUCAGAGUCAUUGAAGGUAAGAGACAUUGAGAAGGAGGAGCAGAUAAUCAAAAAUGUUGUGGACUCGACAUUUCUGAAUGAAAAUACAUUAAUUCGCCAUGGAGACAGUUAUUCUAAAACUGGAUUUAAUUACAAACAGGAGGAGCCUGUUUCAGACAAUUUCCCUUUGAGAAAUAUGGACCAAUUCGUAUUUUUUGGGCUCCCCUUGUUUUUUUCUCCUGUACUUGGAAUUCAGCCAAACAAAAAUAUUACAAAUUUUCCAGAUGAUUGGUAUAGCUGUAUGUCUUUCGCAAUUCAUACAUUUACUUGCAACUCAAACGGGGACCAAAACAUUGUUAGAGUAAUAUACACUUGUUGGUACGAGGGAAUAUUUAAUUACCUCAAUAAUAACUUACAUUCAAUCUUGAAGACCCCCCAAAUGCACCUUCAUGUAUUAAAGAAGCUCACUUUAUUACUACCUGAGUCAAAAUUCUCAAAACCUACUUCUCUUUGGAUUGCAUUGAAUUCUAUCAAAACUUUCCAGGAGUUUCAGAGUUUAGACAAAAGUGACGUCAAUUUAUUUUUCAAUAUUAUUGAUGUCUAUAUAAAGAAUGGAAUGGAAAGACAGCUGAUUGAUUUCACAAAAAACAACUCGCCAAACUUUUCAAAUGUAUUAUAUUCAUGGUCUAUUCACCAAUCUAUAGAGGUUCUUUCUUUUUUAAAAAAAAUGAUUAAGAAAAAUAAGUCAGACUUGUACAAGAAAAUUUUUAGAUUUAAAGAGUACGACGAGUUUUUGGGAAUUUUACUUGGAUUGCCGUUUCUUAAUAAUGGCUCCAAUUUACUUACAGCCUUUGUUUCAAGUAAUAUUAUCCCAUUAAAAUCUGCACUAAAAAUUCUAGAAUUUGCAUUGUUUACCGAACGAAAUCCAAACACAGAAAGAAAUGAGAGUUUGUUUGCUUUUGGAUGCCUUGUUUAUUCUUUGCUCGAAUGGAACAGUAUUUUUGGUCUGAUUGGAAAUUUUAAAUCUUACGUUGAGUCGUGCAACUCUCAAACUGAGCAUUGUAGUUUUCAGUUCCCUACUUCUGGUUUGAUCAGUCUUGCAAUUGAGAACAUUAAUGAACAAUCUAUUCUUGAACGGGUGAUUUCUGAAGAGAUUUUAAUAGAUAGCAAUUUUACUUGGGAAAGUCUUUUGACUCUUUCAUUAUUACUGGAAAGUUUUAAUGCUUGUAAAGUCUCUAAAAAUGCGAUUUCCGGUCUAUGUAGCAACCAAUUAAAUUUGGUUUCUAAAUUGGAUAAGUUUUUCAGCGGUUUGCUCCCGGUUCAAAAUUCUUGCCACAUUUUUUCUAGAAUAGUUUCAAAUUCUAUAAUUAUCCAAGAUUUUAUUGACUUCUAUUGA